CGAGAUUAGUACCAGCCAAUCAAACGAAGCUCUUCUCAGCCAGCCAAUCUCAGCACGUUUAUGGCAAUGAUGAGGUAUGCAAAUGUACAGUGCCGAGAGGCCCAAGACCUCUGCGGUUGAAUUUGUCUGGCGAGGUUGACGGCAUAUAUUUUAUACAUUUAGAACUUCUCGCCUAAAUCAAUGGACCUUUUUGAAAAAGCAUCACUUAAAAGCCCUUUUAAAAGCAAAGGAUGGCUGAUGCAGCAUCAAAGAGCAGCUCGGUUUGCUCUGUUGUCACCUCCACUUUGCCUGAACAUAAACCCAAACAGAGAGAUGCAGAGAGUGUUAUUACGCCAAAAUCACAAGAUGGACGAAGAAGAGAAUUUUCAACUAUCAGGAGUGAAUGGGAAGCGAGCGUUACACGCUUUCGUUUGCCCGUCAGUUACGCCUGGAUUUUCUCCGCUACUCAGCAAGGAGCUCUCUACAGGUCAUGUUCAACAUCGCAUGGUGAACACGUAAUGGAUGUGAUAUUGUGACAUUACACUGAUGACAGCAUGUGGACAGAGUUGCAAAAAAGCUGCGGGUACGCGGGUACCACCCGGAGGAAGGUUUGCUUUGAAUGAGGUUUGUGAGGAAGGUUAAAAGUUGAGCACUCUCAUUGAUCACAUGCAUGUACCAAAAAAACAAAUAUUUGUUUAUGCUGGUUGCCACUUGACUCACGGCAUGACGUAACG